AACUCGACCCGGAAGAGGUUUCUGUAUCCACUGCAUUGUUGAUUAGUAGGGGGGCGAUGAUGUUGUUCAAAUGAGGUGGGAAAAAUAUAUAUUUCGUUUUUGAUGGCAAUGUUUUACCUAUAGCUGCAAAUCCCACUACCAUCAUUGUUUUUUCUGUGUACUAUGUUCAAAAAGAUGGCUGAAUUUGGACCAGAUUCUGGAGGGAGAGUGAAGGGAGUCACUAUAGUCAAGCCUAUCGUUUUUGGUAAUGUUGCACGGUACUUUGGGAAGAAAAGAGAAGAAGACGGACAUACGCAUCAAUGGACUGUAUACGUCAAACCCUACAGAAACGAGGUUGUUAUCAUGCAGCUAAACAACUUGUCUACAACGCUGUGGAUAUGUCUGCUUAUGUCAAGAAGAUACAGUUCAAACUUCAUGAGAGCUAUGCAAACCCUCUUAGAGUGGUGACAAAACCACCAUACGAGAUUACAGAGACAGGCUGGGGUGAAUUUGAAAUAAUCAUCAAAAUAUUUUUCAUUGAUCCAAAUGAAAGGCCGGUUACGCUUUACCACCUGCUGAAGCUUUUUCAGUCUGAUUCCAGUGCCAUGCCCAAGAAGACCGUUGUGUCUGAGUUCUAUGAUGAAAUGAUCUUUCAGGACCCCACUGCCAUGAUGCAGCAGCUCCUGAACACUACUCGUCAGCUGACCUUGGGAGCCUACAAGCAUGAGACGGAGUUUGCAGAGUUAGAGAUACGCACUCGCGAGAAGCUUGAGGCUGCCAAGAAGAAAACCAGCCAGGAGAUUACUGAUUUGAAAGAGAGGCUGAAGGCCAGCAGGGAGACCAUCAACUUCCUGAAGGGAGAGAUUCGGAAACUGGAGGAAGAGGACCAGAUCAAAGACCACUGAAGAAGUCACAUGCUGGGCUCAUUAUAUUUACUUGAAGCGUUUGACUGGGCCGGUUUAAUCAGAAUCACAUAUAGCACCCUCACCAAAGUCAGAGGAGGUAUUUCAGUAUGGUACACAACAUAGGUUUAGUUCCUUCAACAUAAAUAUCGAUAUAAAUAACAACAACAAAAAAACUAUCUUUUAAAGCGAUCAUCUUUGUUUUGACCAUCAUUGCUAGAUUAAAACGUUUUGUUUUUGUUUGUGUAUUUGAAGCCGGCCAAACAUUGUUUGUGUAUUUGAAGCCAAUUCAUUCCCUGUAUAUUGAUUGGGUGCAGGAUACCUAGACCUUAAAUUAGUUGGUGUAGGGCAGUCCCAGGGUUAAAGUGCUAUACUCGUGUCACUUUGGCCUGAAUGUACAAUAGCCAUAAAGUCCAGCCUUUGUGUGUUUCUUUCAGCCUGUAUUGUAAUCACGCUUAUAAUGACUGUGCCAUUAGACCAACUGAAUCUAAGUGAUUAUGGGAGCUGGCAAAUUAGAUUAUGGCUGGUUGUCUUUUGAUGACUCUUCAAAUGUCUUCCGAAGGGAAGAUAGAGAAUUUGUCCACGGAUCAUUUUUCUUUUCUUUUUUUUUUCUUUCCUGAAGUUGUUGCCAUUUUGUUUCUAAUAGCCAACUCAUUUUUUCAUAAACAAUAACUUGUUGAUCUGUGAAUCUUGGAAGACGGUAUCUGGGUAGCGUGGACAGUGUUUGUGUACAUUUUCAGUCAGCUGUUCUGUAGGAAUAAAUGUGGAUUAUUUUUUUUUCUAAAACGGAACAAUCUGAAUGCUUUAUGUGGUUGCAAACUGCCACUUGCUGUGCUAAAGUGCAUGUUAAGUGCUUGACAAACUGCCACUGCAUCUAGGCUUAAGUGCAUGUCAAGUGCCUGACAGAAUGAGAUGGACUGUAAUAUGUUCAUAUGAGUAAAAUUGCACCACAAGGAUGAAAAGGUAGCCUAUGAUUUAUUAUAAGGAGAUGGGUAGUAUGUACUUGGUUCUCAACUGUGGUGUCACACCCAUUGACUCAGGGUGGAAAGGUCACAAUUACGUGUUCUCCCGUUGUUAUUUGACACAGAUAUUAUAUAGACCAAGAAUAUGGAUAAAUUGGGUAAUUAACUGAUCGAUUAAACAGCCAUUAGUUUUAUGAUCCUUCAUUUUAGCCAUUUAUCUCCUGAGGGCUCAUUUUCAUUUGCUGAUUGGGACUCAUCAUUCACAGGAAUUUACGCACCCUGGUCACUUUUUAAGCAUUUAGUUCAAAAUGAUGCAGUGUCGGGCUCAGAGCUGGGGGUAAAGUUAGGCUGAGUCAGUAAGGCUGCAGUAUAUUAAUCUACCACUAGAGGUAAGCAAAGUGCAAAUGUUCAAACUAUCCAACACCAUCAGGGAGCACCUACUGAUCAGGAGUUUUGAAUUACAUUGAAUAUUUUUAUGUCUACAUAUUUGUGGAAUAAUGCUAAAUAAUAAGUGUAUAGAGUAUUGUAUGAAAGCAUUUGAUGUCAUCUUUAAAUGUUUCUUGUCCAGAGCUUUUAAAAUGUUUGAUAUUAUGAAUAGACCUACUAGAAGUAUGAUUUAUGAGAUACAUUUUCCACACAUAUUCGUUGUCAGCGUUGGGAAGGUUACUUAAGUCGGUUGCGGAUUACUAGUUACUUUGUUAAAAAUACAAUAAGUAAUGUAACCUUUUAAUUACUCCAUCAAAGUAAUGUAACAUAUUUAAUUUGAUUAUCUGUGAUUACUUUUUGAUUGGCAGAUGAGAGGCGGGGAAAAUUAAAACAAGAGAACCAAUCAAAAACAACACUCAAAAUUUGAGCGCAUACUGCCAAAUAAAUGGAGCCUGUCUAGAAGAUGGCAAAAAGAUGCAAAGCAACAGAAUUAAUGAUAUAAUCUACAUAAAAGCUUUAAAGCUUUUAACAGAAAAGAAUAUAUUAGAAUGUAACCACUUUACAAACACCAACAUAUUGAUUAGUAACUGUAAUUUAAGUACAUAUUUUAAUGGAUUACAAUAACAUUUAUUUUGUAGUUGAAUUACAUAACUGUUACAUGUAACUAGUUACUCCCCAACUCUGCGCAUUGUACCGUUACUUAUGUAUUUGUGUUACCAGUAAAAUUAGUUCCUUAUUGAAAGCUUUGAAGACACCACCUGGCGAUAAGUAAUUUGCAGCAACAUCACCGUGAAUCUUUACUUGUUUAAUGAUGUCAGUAGAUGUCCAUUGUCUGUUUGUUUUUAUCGAAAAGCAUAGUCUGCUCCUCAUGCUCUGUGUUUUUAUACUUCUUCGAUUUUAAGUCGCUCUUUGAAGGCAUUGUUGCUAUGUAAUCUAAAUUGGCAAAGUAUAUUUCUGUUAAUGAAGAGUAUAUAGAGUAUAUAGUUUAUGUCAACUUAAUGUUUAUUUCGCACGAAAGUAUUUUUUUUUUGCAAUGAAGCUAACUAGCAUUUUGGCUAAAAAGUUAGAUUUCUACCUGAAUGGUGUGUCGUUUGUUGCUGUUUAUUGCUUCUAAAGGCAUUGUAUGUUUAUUUAUCAGUUUUACCCUAUUCUAACUGGCUUCAAUAAAGAGAAUGAGCUUGA